GGAGCAUCUCUCUCUCUCUCUCUCUCUCUCUCUCUCUCUCUCUUCUCUGUAUCUGAUCUAGCAGAUAACAGCGUCUGCUGGGAUGACCGGCGCGUAUCUUCUCAGCAAGGAAAAAAUUACGAUGAGAAAAGAGUGAAAAGUGUGUGUAUGUGUGUGUGUGGCGGGGAGAAAAUUCCCGGAGCGCCUAGUGCACGCACUCAGCUCGGAUUUUUUUUUUUUUUUUUCUGCAGCUGCAAAGUGCUGUUUCGAGCCUAAUUCGUCGGUUUGUGCAGCCGCUCGGGGCUUUUGGUUAGAGCACCUGCUCCGAGGCGCAAAGCUUCCUCCUGACAUUCCUGAGGAUUGCACCAGCGAGACGCAUCUUUUCUGUCACAAAUACGCAGGUCCAGGAUGGUGUUAAGUCGGACUGCAGCUGGGCAUCAGAUCUUUUUUGCUCUCAUGCUGCUGCUCUCUUCAGGCUCUGGUGCAGCCUCUUCCAUAGUUAACAUGCGUAGGAUUACGUAUCCCACAGUCCAGCAAAUGCUUGCAGGCAAAGCUGUCCUCCCAUGUGUCUUCACCCUCAGGACCAGCUCCUCCCACCAGCCUCCACACCUGCUGUGGACUCACACCAGGCCACCGGCGGGAGGGCAUGGCGCUCCACUGGAGCAGACAGUACUUUCAGCUAAAGGUGACGUAGUCAAGGUGAAUAAGGCUUUCAGUGGCCGUGUCGCGCUGCCAGGAUACUCUGCCAAUCCGCUGAAUGCUACCAUGGAGAUCUCCAGUCUCCGUACCAACGACUCAGGCACUUACCACUGUCAGGUUGUGGUGGACGGUGACUAUGAGAGGGACGCUGUGCCCCUACUGGUUUCCGGCGUGGUGUUUCACUACCAGGCUCCAAACGCCCGCUAUGCCCUCUCCUUCACCGAGGCCCAGCGAGCCUGCCAGGAAAACUCGGCUCAGAUGGCGUCGCCGGCCCAGCUGUGGGCGGCGCACCGUGACGGCUUGGCCAGCUGUUCGGCUGGAUGGUUGGCUGAUCAGACUGUCCGAUAUUCGGUCCAGCUGCCUGAGCUGGGUUGCUAUGGACACAAGGAGUACUCUGCCGGAGUGAGGAAUUACGGGAAGAGAGACCCGAAAGAGAUGUUUGAUGUGUACUGUUUUGCAGAAGAACUCGAUGGCGAAGUCUUUCACACCUCAGUUCCAGGCCGGCUCUCGCUUUCCUCAGCCUCAGACCGCUGCGUGUCCCUCGGGGGCCAGCUGGCCACCGUGGGGCAGCUUCACCUGGCGUGGAGGGCCGGUCUGGACAGCUGCGCCCCGGGCUGGCUUUCUGACGGCAGCGUCCGCUACCCCGUCGCCUGGCCCCGCCCAGAAUGUGGUGGGAGUCAGCCAGGAGUCCACACCAUCACACCCAACGCCACUGAUGACAACACCACUGCGCUAUAUGACACCUACUGCUACAGAGGUAAAGUGAAGGAUACAGGCUCCGUCUCUGAGAUUUACACCUCCCCGUGGAAGCCCUGGAGCUAUCUCACAGAUGAUGCUGACUCUGCAGAGACUGAAAGCUCCAAUGUGACGACACAGCAAACCGCCACGCUCACAGAUUCCUCUGAAAGCAGCAGCCCAACUGGACAACCAGUCCUGUCCAACUGGACAGGACUGGUUGACAUCGAAGAAGAGGAGUCCUCUAACAGAACCUCUUUGGAUCCCUGGUCUUCUGAGUCCUCAGAGUCGUUCGUGACCCUUCAGCUGACCCCAGGGCAGAGCUCUUUUGACUGGGGGGAGCUGCCGGAGCCUGGGCCCGAUUCUGGGGAGUUUCUGCAGCCUCCUGCUCACCCAACACCCACAGAGAAAAAAGCGAUCACAAAAAUUGUGAAGUCAAUUUGGAAACCUUGGAACUAUUUGAUGGGAACAGAGGAUGAGGAAGGAACCAAAGCCCCAAGCGGACAUGAUGAAGAGAUUACAACAAAACAGACAGUAAACGAGCAAAAAGAUCCCAGCCCGGUUUCUCCUGGUCUAUUUUCCUGGGGGAGCUCAUGGUUCAGCAGCGCCCCUGCAGCGUCUGCACCGUCCAGAGAAGAUUCUCCCACACACCCAGCAUCCACUCUGACUUCCUCCAGUGACUCUCUGACAACAGAGACCUUCACAAGCUCGGAGACCCACACCCUCAUUCCCUCCAGCUCAUCACCUGAAGUCUCCAGUAAGGAACCCUGGAUCACUGUCCAAAUGGAGACCACGACCAAGCUGGCAGACAAGAGAGCGGAGACCGUGACCUCCAGGGCCAGCGGCAGGGGAGGAAGAGGAAGGGGGAAGAAACACCGAGGGGAGGAUAGGAGCAGAGGAGAAGACAGAAGGAGAGGAGAGGAGAGAGGGAAAGCAGAGGAGGAGGGGAGUGGUGAAAUCACCGGUGCAGAGGCAAAAGGGGAGAUUCAAGUCUCACGGCGACCGGCUGACAGUAAACCUAGAGAGCGAUCCAGAGAAAGAUCCAGAGAGAGGGGUCAUAGAAAAGGACAGUCCACCACAACCACCACAACCACAGCCACCGGUCCACUGGUGACCACAGAGGCGACCACAACUGGGGCCGAGGACGACUCCUCUACAGCCAGAGACCAGACCACGCUAUCGGCAACAGAAAACUCCUCUCUGUCUACCCCGCAGGAGACAAUUCAAACUCUGUCAUCUUCUCCAUCUCUAACUUCAUCACCCUCACCAUCCAUUUCCUCCUCUCCAUCAGCAGAGUCCCUGUUAGAGUCUCAACCUUCCCACCCAUCCCCAUCCCACGCCUCUACCUCCUCCUUCUCACCUCCAAGCAGUUCCUCCUCCCCAUCCUAUUCCCAGAUCCCAACCCUGACUCCAUCACUACCACCAACCUCUUCCCACUCUACUACUGAGACUCAAACCACAGGAUUGGUUCCUUCACUUCAGGCAAAUGUCAAGGACAACUCCAAUGACUCCCUAGCAUCCCUUCCCUUUGUCCUAGAAGAGAAGGUGAAUGGCUCUCUGGAGUAUCCGCUGUCUCUGUUGGGGCCCCAGGAUGACGAGGAGUCCGCUUGGUCUCACGCUGUGGGAUCAGGGACCAUCUUACCUGGUGUAUCGGAUGAAGACAGCAUCCGGGGAGAAGGAGGCAACAUCAGCACCACAACUGUCAGUCCAACAGCUGAGGUGGAGCCCUGCGUGACUAACCCGUGUCUGCACGGAGGAAAGUGCCUUCCUCAGGGGACGGGCUACAGCUGCUACUGCCCACAAGGAUACGCUGGGGAGAACUGUGAGAUCGACGUCGACGACUGCCAGUCCGAGCCUUGUGAAAAUGGAGGAACUUGCGUCGACAAGAUUGAUUCAUUCCUCUGCCUCUGCCUGCCAAGCUACGGAGGAGACACAUGUGAGAAAGAUGUUGAAGGUUGUGAGCACGGCUGGAGGAAGUUUCAUGGCCACUGCUACAGGUACUUCAGCCACAGACACACCUGGGAGGAUGCAGAGAAGGACUGCAGAGAACACAGCGCCCAUCUCAGCAGCGUCCUUUCUGUCGCUGAGCAGGAGUUUAUUAACGGUCUGGGUCAUGACAACGCCUGGUUCGGUCUGAAUGAUCGCACAGUGGAGGAGGACUUUCAGUGGACAGACGGCAAUGAUCUGGUUUAUGAGAACUGGAGGGAAAGCCAGCCAGAUAAUUUCUUUGCAGGCGGUGAGGACUGUGUGGUGACUAUUGCCCAUGAGGAUGGCAAGUGGAACGACGUGCCCUGCAAUUACAAUCUGCCCUACAUCUGCAAGAAAGGCACAGUGUUAUGUGGGACCCCGCCAGCAGUGGAGAACGCUCAUUUGAUUGGCCGGCGGAGGUCACACUACGACAUCCACUCUGUGGUCCGCUACCAAUGCUCCGAGGGCUUCUACCAACGCCACAUCCCGACUUCUCGCUGCCGGGCCGACGGCAGCUGGGAGCGUCCCAGGAUCAUCUGCACAAAGUCUCGGCAUUCGCACCGGUACAGACGCCAUCAUCACAACCAGCACCAUGAACAUCGCAGGAACCGGAGACACGGAGGAGAAGGCCACAAACCCAGAGAGGACGCUCAAAGCUACUACUGAACCAAAUAAUACAACAUCCGCGACGCCUAGGUGCUAACCACGGCCCAUACAGGAAGAGAGUAGUUCCCAUGUUCCUGCUUCUCCCCUUGCUCUCAGCUUAGCUUUUACUACUUUUGAUAAAUAAGGUCGUCUCUAACAUACAGCUAACCUCCACUGUCCGAUCUCCGAGUUUGGUUGUUUUGAUGCUUCUUUUAAUUGGGCUGUGAACACCUUUCUAACUUGUCAUCCUAAUUAACGAUGACCCCGUCCCUUUCUGUCAGGUAGACAUCAGUGUGUAAAUGUGUGUGAGUGUAUGCAUGUCAGAUGGAAAAUUAGAGAAAUGUCUCAUUUAAAAAAAAUCUAAUUUCAAUUUUUUGUUCCACAUCAGGGGUCUUCAACUCGUGUAAAGUUCUGCAACUUUUCGAUGUGUUUCUGUUCCAAUUAAUUAGCAGGAGUUGACUGAAUACCGAGGAAGUGAUUCAGUCGUUUGCUUUAGGUCUGUUGGACGAGGGACACAUCUAAAAGCUGCAGGACACCGUCUCUUGAGGACUGGAGUUGAAAACCACUGGUCUACAUGAAAAUUAACUCGUCCUAGUGUUCUGUUCCCACAGACGGCUACGAUGCAAGCUAGCGUGCGUUUCUUUGUAACCCUGAGCUGUUUGUGCUUUUGCUGUGAGCUGUUGCUUUUUUUUUUCUUCAUUAAGCUUUUUUAAUAGCUGCUCUGUUUUAUUCUUACUGACAUGCUUUUUCUAAUACGUGCUGUUUGUGUAAUGUUACUAUUUAUUACGGAUGAUCUGCUAGUGAAAAAGCUUUUUUUUUGUACUUACACUCCAGGAAGUCUGUGUAACACCAUUUUUCUAUACCAGUUAGUAGCAAAUCCUUUGAUUUUUCUCUAAUCUCUGGUUUGUAAAUAUGUUCUGUGUUAUUAGCUGAUCCAUUGCUGGACUUUGUUCAAAUCAACUCCUUCAGAAUGAUUUAAUGGAUGUGUCCCGUAGACAUACAGCAGAUUGUGUGGCUGGGAUAGGAAAAAGCUUGAGCUAAACACUUGAUUGUAACGGAUUUGCUAAACAUCUUGAAAAUUUGCACGGCUGUGUGUAUCUGAUGAGUAGAAUGUCACUAUUUUUUCUCUUUAGUCCCUUUGAUAUUGGAUCAGUCAUCUACUUUUUUGGUGUUCCAAUGACUUUUUGUCUUGCUGUUGUAUUUCAUUCUUAAUAAAGUGAACAAAAGGAAAAGC